AUGAAGCAGAUGAGUGUUGUUGCCGAUUCUCCUGUGCAUUCGUCCAGCAGUGAUGACUUCGUUGCAUUUCUUGAUAAUGAACUUGGUGCAAGUUCGCCCGACUCCUCGCCUGAUAAAGAGGCUGAGAGCCAAGAUGAGCUUGAGAGUGUCAGAAUUAAAAGGCGUAAAAUUGAAAGCAUUGACGAAACUGAGGGGUCUACUUCAGAAGGAAUCAUCAAACAAAAUUUAGAGGCAUCUGUCGAGGUAGAUGUAUGUACGCAUCCUGGAUCAUUUGGAAGUAUGUGUAUACGUUGUGGGCAAAAGUUGGAUGGGGAAUCUGGUGUGACAUUUGGGUACAUACAUAAGGGACUGAGACUUCAUGAAGAGGAAAUUUCUAGAUUGCGCAAUACAGACAUGAAAAGUUUGUUAGGUCAUAAAAAGCUCUACUUUGUUCUUGACCUAGAUCACACUCUACUAAAUUCCACUCUCCUUGCUCAUUUGAGUUCAGAAGAAUCAUAUUUGCUUAAUCAGACUGAUUCUCUAGCAGAUGUCUCCAAAGGUAGCCUCUUCAAAUUGGAGCACAUGCAUAUGAUGACCAAGCUAAGGCCCUUUGUGCGCUCAUUUCUGAAAGAAGCAAGCAAAAUGUUUGAAAUGUACAUAUAUACUAUGGGUGAUCGGCCGUAUGCAUUGGAGAUGGCUAAGCUACUUGAUCCUCAAGGAGAAUACUUCAAUGCUAAGGUUAUUUCUCGAGAUGAUGGGACUCAGAAGCAUCAGAAGGGUCUUGAUGUUGUGUUAGGGCAAGAAAGUGCAGUCCUAAUACUUGAUGAUACAGAACACGCCUGGAUGAAGCAUAAAGAUAAUCUUAUACUGAUGGAAAGAUACCAUUUUUUUGCUUCGAGUUGUCGGCAGUUUGGUUUCAAUUGCAAAUCCCUUGCUGAACUGAGGAAUGAUGAAGAUGAGACUGAUGGUGCACUUGCAAAAAUCCUCAGAGUGCUCAAACAAGUACAUUGCACAUUCUUUAAUAAACAUCAAGAUGAUCUUGUUGACCGAGAUGUGAGGCAGGUUUUGUCAUCAGUUCGAAGUAAAGUCUUGGGCGGAUGUGUGAUAAUUUUCAGCCGGAUUUUUCAUGGUGCAUUACCAUCUCUGCGGAAGAUGGCAGAGCAGUUGGGAGCUACUUGUUUGACAGAAGUUGACCCGUCUGUGACACACGUAGUUGCUACUGAUGCUGGAACUGAGAAGUCCUGGUGGGCAGUGAAAGAAAAUAAGUUUUUGGUUCAUCCCCGAUGGAUAGAGGCUGCAAAUUAUUUUUGGGAAAAGCAGCCUGAGGAGAACUUCAUUAUCAAGAAAAAGCAGUAG